UUUUUUUUUUUUUUCUUCUUUAUUUUUAUUCACAAUAUAUAUAAAUAAAUAAAUAAUGGCUCGUACUAAGCAAACUGCUCGUAAAUCUACUGGUGGCAAGGCCCCUCGUAAACAAUUGGCUACUAAGGCUGCUCGUAAGUCUGCUCCUACUACUGGUGGUGUCAAGAAGCCUCAUCGUUAUAGACCUGGUACUGUUGCUCUCCGUGAAAUUCGUCGUUAUCAAAAAUCCACUGAAUUGUUGAUUCGCAAGUUACCUUUCCAACGUUUGGUUCGUGAAAUUGCUCAAGAUUUCAAGACUGAUUUGCGUUUCCAAUCUUCUGCUAUUGGUGCCUUACAAGAAGCCUCUGAAGCUUAUCUUGUCUCUCUCUUUGAAGAUACCAAUUUGGCUGCUAUUCACGCCAAGCGUGUCACUAUUCAACCCAAGGAUAUCCAAUUGGCUCGUCGUCUCCGUGGUGAACGUUCUUAAACAAAAUCAUCUCAUUCCUUUUUUUCAAUCAUCAUCAUCAUCAUAUCAUCAUCAUCCACGUGGAAAAAAAAAGACUAGUAUAUUUAGUAUAAAUAUUAUGAAAUAAUGAUUCAACUUUGUACAGUUUUCUCUCUCCCCCUUUUUUUUUUAUUUGUUUGCUUCAUUAUCAUUUCAUCCUUUUUUUUUUCCUUAAUCCAUUUUUAUUCCUAUAAAUAUUAUUAAAUAAAAAACGCAAUUGGCAAAAAAUAAUAUUACUAUUUUUUUUUAUUUUAUUUUA